CAGCAGCGCUGUUGCUAUCUGCGCGUGCGCGUCCCGGCACUCCCGUGAGGCACUGCGGCGCGCGCUGUUGGAGGCAGCUGGGAACGCCGGCGGGAGCCGCCUGAGGACUUUAUGAAAAUGGAAAAUUAUGAGGCAUGUGUAGGUUUUGAUCUCUGUGGGACACCCCUCUCCACUGUUGCCCAGAAGAUUAUGUGUGCUAUGCGUUCAGGUGAUUUCAUGGAGUCUAAGAAUGAGGGAGAGAGUACAAAGACUUCAAAGGUGACCAAAAAAUCCAGUGUUCAUUAUUCAGUAUUAGCUGAACAUGAGAGGACUCAAUCACUAGAAACAAAGAAUCCUAAGUCAUUAAUAACCCAGACACCAAGAGGAUCCAUGGAGUUCUCUCUUCAGUCCUCCAUUACUAAGCUUACAAGUCAGCUCUCUGUUGGUCAAAUACAGAGCAGCUCAUUGGCUCUUCCCAGUUAUUUAAUUUCACAGAGUGACCAGGAAGCUCCAGUCUUACAGAAAAUGGAGCAUAUGAAAAAGCACUUCCUAAAGGAAAAUACAGCUAAAGAGGAUGAGGAAAGCUUGAAUCUUAAAAGAAAAUGUAUUACAUGUAGUAAUUCUCCAGAAAAAGCAAGUAAACACAUAGCACUGGAAGAAGAUAGCGAUGGGGCUGAAACCUGGCUAAACUCUGAGGACACAAGAGUGUUUGGAAAAGAGCUUUGUGAUGUCAGAUAUUUGGAUGAUUUGGCAAAAGUCCAGCUAAUGGAUGUGCUCAAGCAGGCAGAAGCCCUGGUUGUGACACUGAUGUAUAAGGAUGGUUCCACACAGCUCAGAGCCAACCAGACUUUAACUUGUUCUGUUAAAGGAAUUGUAGUGUUACUAAAAAACCAUUUGGACAUCAGCCCUCUGAUUUCCCCAGCCCGAGGUAGUGCUCUGGGAGAGGACUCCACAUCCACAGAUCACUGUAUCUACAUACAUACCGAGCACUUCCCUUCGUGGGGCCUAAAGAAAGAGGCACAUAGUCUAUUUGUCAGGAACAUGCUGUUUUGGACACUUAGAUGUAAAUGCCCUGUUGUUUGUUUUAAUGCCAAGGACUUUGUGAGAACAGUACUUCAAUUCUUUGAUGAAGAUGAUACUUGGAAGCAUGUUGCAGGUUUUGUAGGACUAGAUCCCAGAGUUGCUGCAUGGCUCAUAGAUCCUAGUGACACUGCACCUUCAUUUGAAGAUUUAGUGGCAAAACACCUAGAAAAGUCCAUCAUAGUCAACCCAAGUAGUACAUGUGGUGAUACCGCAAGAAAUAUUGUGAGUCAGAAUGUGUGUGUGAACCUGAGGAUACUCUACGACCUCACGAUGGAUCUCUGUUCCAAGUUGAAGGAUUAUGGCUUAUGGCAACUAUUUUGUACUUUGGAACUUCCUUUGAUACCAAUUUUGGCAGUGAUGGAAAACCAUAAGAUUCCGGUUGACAAAGAAGAAAUGGAAAGGACUUCGGCACUCCUUGGGGCUCGCCUCAAGGAACUAGAGCAAGAAGCCCAUUUUAUUGCAGGAGAACAGUUUCUCAUAAUGAGUAAUAAUCAGCUUCGUGAGAUCCUCUUUGGCAAGUUGAAGCUGCACCUAUUGAGUCAGAGGAAGCAUCUUCCCAGAACUGGGCUGCAGAACCAGCUGUCCACAUCAGAGGCCAUGUUAAAUUCUCUACAAGACCUUCACCCAUUACCCAAGAUAAUUUUGGAAUAUAGACAGGUUCACAAGAUCAAGUCAACUUUUGUAGAUGGAUUACUAGCUUAUAUGAAAAAGGGCUCCAUCUCUUCUACGUGGAAUCAGACCGGAACUGUGACGGGGAGACUUUCAGCCAAGCAUCCUAAUAUCCAAGGUAUCUCCAAGCAUCCAAUUCAGAUUUCUAAGCCUCGGAAUUUUAAAGGUAAAGAAGAGGAGACUGUCACCAUCUCCCCAAGAACCCUGUUUGUUUCCUCUGAAGGCCAUACCUUCUUGGCAGCAGACUUUUCACAGAUUGAAUUGCGCAUUCUUGCACAUUUAUCUGGGGAUCCAGAGCUUUUGAAGUUAUUCCAGGAAUCUGAAAGAGAUGAUGUAUUUUCUACCCUGACUUCACAGUGGAAGGACAUUCCCAUGGAGCAUGUGACACACAGGGACAGAGAACAGACCAAGAAAGUGGUGUACUCCGUGGUCUAUGGAGCAGGGAAAGAGCGGCUUGCUGCUUGCCUUGGAGUCACUGUUCUGGAAGCCACCCACUUUUUGGAGAGAUUUUUGCAGAAGUACAAGAAAAUCAAGGACUUUUCCCAGACAGUUAUUGCCCAGUGUCAUCAUGCAGGCUAUGUGACAUCCAUCUUGGGGAGAAGGAGGCCUCUACCAAGGAUCUGUGCACAGGACCAGAAGCUACGGGCACAAGCAGAGCGACAGGCAGUAAACUUUGUGGUACAAGGUUCAGCCGCAGACCUCUGUAAGCUGGCCAUGAUCCGCAUCUUUGCUGCAGUGGCCUCGUCCCCAACCCUGACAGCCAGGUUAGUUGCCCAAAUUCAUGAUGAGCUGCUGUUUGAAGUAGAAGAUACUCAGAUCCCUGAGUUUGCAGCUCUUGUCAGAAGGAUCAUGGAGUCCUUGCAACAGGUACAGACCCUGGAACUGCAGCUGCAGGUGAGGAGACACACAUCUGCCCAGCAUCACUGCCACAUCCCUCACAGCUGGAGUCAACCCAGGGUGUGUAAGAGGUCAGGACCCACUCUCCAGAGGUCAGGAGGGCAAGGAAUAAGGCAAGCCCCAGCCUUGUGCACCAGGACUGCCACCCUCCAAGCCUCCAUUUGUCCCUUUCCCUACUCGAUGACUUGGUUGGUCCCUGGUAAGAAGCCACCACCGUGGAUAUCUGCUGCUGCUCCUACCAGCCUACAGACCCCUUCCCUGAGGCCCACCCUCACUGAGGGUGUGAGCACUGGGCCCCACCUACCCCAAGUACACCCCAGGGCAUGUCUAAACACAGGCCCACUCUGCACCUGGCUGAACACUGCUUGGAGGCAGCUCUGGGAAAAGACCCCUGGGUGUUUGAGCAUAGACUCCCCAGAGCAGUGUCGACAGCUGGGCAGGGAGAAGAAACAAGGUGGGAGGCCUCGAAGCCUGUAGAUCCACCCAGCUGGCACCAGAAACACAUCUUGUCACUUGGUAAAGUACCCAGCCCCGUGAGUACCUCAGAACCAACCAGAGCCUCAGAAGCUGGCUGACCACCUUCCAGAGCAGCCUUGGCUCUGCUCACAGGCUCUGAGGCUUUCCUGGGGAAGACUCUGACCUGCUAGACACCCUGCUGCACACCAGGGCAUUGUGCACCUCUGGAUGGGUGGCAGCUUUGCGGGGUUGAGGAGCAACACAUGUAUUUACCCUGCCCCCUGAAGUACCCUACAAAACCUAUGCCUGUGGUGGGCAAAGAGGUAGGUGCUAGGGGAGGAGCUUGAAGCCCAGGAAACUAAACUUAGCUGCCAUCAGGGGGCCUUCAAGAGGCAGAAGACUAUGGCAAACAGCUGGGGGCCAGCCCCUUCCUUCAGACACAGUGGCUUUGUCUUGGGGAAAAGCCCACCCAAGUAGGGGUCUUCUGCCCCCUAGCAUCUGACAGCCCUGACAGGGUGAGCACAUGCUGCAUUAAGACAUUUCUACCCUAAGGCACCAUGCCUGGGAGCCCUGCAGACCUAUACAGCCUAGUAGAUAGGGAGCUCCACUAUGGUAGCAUCUGAUGUGAGCUCACAGCAAGGCAAAUGUGAGUAUACAUGUGUGUGUCCAUGUAUAUGCCUGUAUAUGGGGCUGCUCUCUAUGUGGAAGUGUGUGUCCCUGUGCAUUGCUACCUCUUCAACCUGCUGGAGGGCCUGGAGGUGGCUGUUUCUCUUUGAAGGUCAUUUCUGGUUGUCAC